GUCUCCUGGUACCCGCGCGCCUUCCACCUGCACAACUUCAUGUCGCACGAGGAGUGCGACCGCAUCCUGGAGAUCGCGCGGCCCCGCGUCCGACGGUCCACCGUCAUCGACUCCGUCACCGGGCAGUCCAAGGUGGACCCCAUCCGAACAUCCGAGCAGACGUUCCUCAACCGCGGGACGUGGGACAUCGUCACCAAGGUGGAGGAGCGCCUCGCCGUCGUCACGCAGCUGCCCGCGUAUCACGGCGAGGACAUGCAAAUCUUAAAGUACGGGUUGGGGCAAAAAUACGACGCGCACCACGACGUGGGCGAGCUCACGUCCGCGUCCGGGAAGCAACUCGCAGCCGAGGGCGGGCACAGGGUCGCGACCGUGCUGCUGUACCUGUCCGACGUCGAGGAAGGGGGCGAGACGGCCUUUCCCGACAGCGAGUGGAUGACGCCCGAGCUUCGAAAGUGGGCGGAGGGCCAAAAGUGGAGCGACUGCGCAGAGGGUAACGUGGCGGUGAAGCCGCGGAAAGGGGACGGGCUGCUGUUCUGGUCGGUGAACAACGAGAACGCGAUCGACCCGCACAGCAUGCACGCGGGGUGUCCGGUGAUCAGGGGAGAGAAGUGGACGGCGACGAAGUGGAUACACGCGAGGCCGUUUCGAUGGACCGCGCCGCCGCCGCCGAAGGCGCCCCCGGGCUGCGACAACAAGCACGAGCUGUGCAAGGCGUGGGCGAACGCGGGGGAGUGCAAGAAGAACCCGGGAUUCAUGCUG